GCUCAAACAUGGCUGCGCUGGAAGCUCUGCUGAUUUGGGCGCCGGGAGCAGGAGGUACUCCACGAAUGAGAAAAUUGACAAUGUGUUUUGCGUAAUUCAUCUCUUUCUAUCUCCCUGCACUCUGUGCUGGGAAAAUGCAUCAUCCAUUUGGAGAAGAGGAAACUGCUUCUCAGAAGCAACUUUUUGGAUUUUUCUGUGAAUGCCUUCGGAGAGGAGAAUGGGAGUUGGCACAGGCAUGUGUACCUCAGCUACACGAGGCCCAAGGGGAUAUCCCAAAGAAGGUGGAAGAUAUACUUCAGGCGCUGGUCAUGUGUCCCAGUCAGCUGAGAUGUGGACAGGAUAUCAACCCUCAAAGAUUAGCCUGGGUCUGGCUUCUUGUACUGGAAAAAUGGUUGGCCCUGGAAAAGAAGUUACUUCCAGCUGGUUUCCGGAGAAAACUUGAGUUUCUUUUAUUGUCAGAAGACCUCCCAGGUGACAUACCAGAGGACAUCCUCAAGGAGCUGUACACGGUCUUAGCACAAGAUGCAGCAGACCCUGUGCUUGAUGGAAAUCAGAGGCAAGAGAGCUGGCCCCCUUGGCUCAGCUCAGAAGCUGUCGCUCUGCUCUGGGAUCUCCUGCGGGAGGCCCCUCAGCCCGCGCAGGCCCUGCUGGAGCUCCUGCUUGGGGAGGAAGACGGCACGGGCCUCCAAGGCUGGCCCCUGCAGAAGGCGCUGGUGGACCUCAUUCGAAAGGCACUGCGAGCUUUGCGGGGUCCUGCCAGCGGGCACCCAGGGGCAGUCGAUGCCAUCUACGGAGCCCUGCGGACUCUGCGCUGCCCUGCAGAGCCGCUCGGGGCUGAGCUGCGUCUCCUGUGUGAGGAACUGCUGGAGGCCAGCAGGUCGGAGGGGAGUCCCCUGCGGGAGGAGCGGCUGCUCGGCUGCCUGCUGCACAAGGCCGGGCGGGGCCUGGUGUCCCUGUAUGGCCACACCUAUGCAGAGAAGGCCCCAGAAAAGCCGCCGAUGCCCACACCCUCGGGAAAAGUCUCACCGGCUCAUCUAGAUCCUGAGCGGGCAAUGCUAGCCUUGUUCUCCAAUCCUGACCCAGCCCAGGCUUGGAAAUUGGCCUAUUUCUACUGCCUGAGCAACAGCAAGCACUUCCUCGAGCAGAUCCUGAAACCUCCCUUCUAUACUGAAAAGCUUCUUACCCUGAUUAGCAGCAAGUCCCCAGAGCUGCCUCUAGCAGCCUCCUUUGGCUUCCAGGUGACAGCACUCACCCUGUUGAAGGAGGAAGACUUCCCAAGUCUUGGCUGCCUGCUAGAUAGAGAAUUCAGCCCUCUCAGUCGACUGCUCGUGCUCCUGGGCUGGACACACUGCCAGAGCCUAGCGUCAGCCAAGAGGCUGCUCCAGACACUCCACAGGACCCAGGUGCCUGAGUCAGCAUCUCUUUCUUCUCCCGUAUCAACACAGGACCAAGGCUGUGAUAAGCUCCUCAGGGAUGCCUGUGAUGGGCUGUGGGCUCACCUGGAGGUCCUGGAGUGGUGUGUGCAGCAGAGCAGCAACCCCAUACCAAAGAGAGAUCUCUUGUGUCACUUACAUGGUGGAGAAAGCCACUCAGUGCUCUACUCUCUCCAUCACCUUACAAACCUUCCAGCCCUCAGGGAGGAAGAUGUCCUCAAGCUCCUACAGAAGGUGCCAGCCAAGGACCCCCAGCAAGAGCAUGAUUCAACUGACGCCACGGUCCCUGCGCACCUGAGCCGCUGUCAGAACCUGACACUCUACCGGAGCUUCUGUGCCAUGAAGUAUGCCAUCUAUGCCCUCUGUGUGAACUCACACCGGCACUCCCAGUGCCAGGAAUGCAAAGAUGGACCCUCUGAGGACCUGGCCGCGGCUGCAGAGCCAGUGAACGAUUCUCUCUCCUCCCCAGGUGCUUCAGAUCUCUUUUCAACAUACCUGGCCAGGUGUCAGCAGUAUCUGUGCAGUGUUCCUGACUGUCUGUGCCUGGAACUUCUAGAAAACGUCUUCUCAUUGCUCCUCGUCACCUCUGCUGAUCUUCACCCAGAGCCUCACCUGCCCGAGGACUACGCUGAGGAUGAUGACGUUGAGGGGAAGGGCCCGUUGGGUUUGAGGUCCCCGUCAGAGAGCCCUCAGCACGUAGCACAGCCUGAGAGGAGGUCAGAACACGGUUCCCUGGGGGCCUCCAGGAGCCUGGCCUACACAGUUCCAAGCUGUCUGAAGGCAGAGCCAAAAGACAGUUCCCCAGAGCCUCACAGGCACAGCUUUUUGGACCUAAAGCACUUUACUAGCGGUGUCAGUGGGUUCCUGGCUGAUGAAUAUGUAAUGGGGGCCUUCCUCAGGCUGCUCCAGGAGCAGCUGGAUGAGCUAAGCAGCCGCAGCCCCCCCGAGAAGCCAAAGCUGCUUGAAGGCCAGAGUGGCUUGGGCAGCAGCAGCAGAGACGGACUGCAGAGCCGCCUGCACCAGUUCUCCAAGGUUCUCUCUGAGGCCCAGUGGAGGUACAAGGUGGUGACCAGCAACCAGGGCUCAGAGGAGCAACCCUCCCGAAGAUACCGGCCCAUCGCCACAUGGCACCCCCGUCUCCGCCGGGGUCGUCGGACAAGAAGGAGCCGGGCAGACGGCCGGGACAGAGGUUCCAACCCAUCCCUGGAAAGUACGAGUAGUGAGCUGAGCACAAGUACUUCAGAAGGAAGUCUGAGCGCUGCAUCUGGGAAGAAUGAGCUGGAUGGCCGGUUGCAGCCUCAACCUCAAAGUUCACUCAUCCGCAUGAUGUUCUCCCCACCUGAGUCACUGCUGGCAUCCUGCAUCCUCCGGGGGAACUUCGCAGAAGCCCAUCAGGUGGUGUUCACAUUCAACCUGAAGUCCUCGCCCAGCUCCGGGGAGCUGCUGUUCAUGGAGCGCUACCAGGAGGUCAUCCAGGAGCUGGCCCGAGUAGAGCACAAGAUCGAAAACCAGAACUCGGACGGGGGUAGUGGCACCAUCCGAAGAACAGGCAGCGGCCGCUCAACUCUGCAGGCCAUUGGCAGCGCUGCAGCCGCAGGGAUGGUAUUUUACUCCAUCUCUGAUGUGACCGACAAGCUGCUCAGCACCUCGGGAGACCCCAUCCCCACACUCCAGGAGGACUUCUGGAUAAGCAGUAGUGCGGUGGAGCCCACUGCCCCCCUGAGAGAGGUUCUGGAAGACCUCAGCCCCCCCGCCAUGGCUGCAUUUGACCUGGCUUGCUCUCAGUGCCAGCUCUGGAAAACCGGCAAGCAGCUCUUGGAAACCGCUGAGCGGCGCCUGAACAGCAGCCUUGAGAGUCGGGGUCGCCGGCUAGACCACGUAUUCCUCAGUGCUGAUGGCAUUCGAGGUUUUCCAGGCGUUCUUCAGCAGAUCAGUAAGAUUCUCAAUUACCCACUUCUGUCAGCCGGACAAAUCAAAUCAGAGAGUGUAGAGGAAAAGGGGGGAGGUCCCCCACGGUGCAGCAUUGCUGAGCUGCUUCAGAUGUGCUGGCCCAGCCUCACCGAGGACUGUGUCGCCAGCCACGCUACCCUCGCCCAGCAGCUGGAGCAGAUCCUUCAGUCACUGAGAGAAGCACUGGAGCUGCCAGAGCCCAGGAGUACUCCACUCACCUCCCUGGUGGAGCAGGUGGCCGAGAAAGCUCUGGAGGCAGAGGCCCACCCUGUGUAUAUCCAGACUCAGCUCCUCCAGAAGAACCUGGGCAAACAGAUGCCAGCAGGCGGCAGGCAGACUGACUACAUGGGCACCUUCUUCAGGUACUGCAGCACGCUGGCUGCUGUUCUCCUGCGGAGCUUGAGCUCUGAGCCUGAUCAUGUAGAGGUCAAGGUAGGAAACCCCUUUGUUCUCCUGCAACAGAGCUCUUCCCAACUGGUGUCACACCUCCUGCUUGAGCGACAAGUUCCCCCAGAGAGGCUGGCAGCCCUUCUGGCCCGGGAGGGUCUCAGCCUGAGUGUGCCACAGGUCAUUGUCAGCUGCUGCUGUGAGCCCCUUGCCCUUUGCUCUUCCCGUCAGAGCCAGCAGACAUCAUCCCUUCUGACCCAGCUGGGCAUCCUGACCCAGCUGCAUACCUCCCACUGCCUGGAGGACCUCCCACUUUCUACACUGAGCUCCUCAAAGCCAACUGAGAAUCCCACGCUGGAGAGAAAGCCCCCCUCCUCCCCGAGGGAUUCAGCAGGCCCAGCCCUCACCUCCUCUGCCUUGGCCUUCCUUAAGUCCCGCUCGAAGCUGCUGGCUACCGUGGCCUGUCUGGGGGCUUCCCAGGGGUUAAAGAUCACCAAGCCCGGCUUGUCUUGGAAGGAGCUUCGUGGCCGCAGGGAGGUGCCUCUGACUGCAGAGCAGGUAGCCCGGGAGUGUGAGCGCCUCCUGGAACAGUUCCCUAUGCUUGAGGCCUCCCUCCUAGCUGCCUGGGAGCCCCUACGAGGGUCCUCCAAGCAGGGGCAGAGUCUGGCAGCGAGUCUCUGCGGCCGGGCCAGUCUCUCUACCGUCCUCCUGGGCCUGCAUUCUCCCAUAGCCCUGGAUGUGCUCACCGAGGCCUUCGAGGAAGCCCUGGUGGCCAGAGAUUGGCACCGGGCCCUUCAGCUCACUGAAGUGUACGGGCGAGAUGUGGACAACUUGAGCAGCAUACAGGAUGCGGUCCUGAGCUGUGCUGCGGCAGGUGUCAAAGAAGGUUGGCAGUACCUGUUUGCUGUGAAGGAUGCAUCUCUGAGAAGUCGGCUAACACUGCAGUUUGUGGACCGGUGGCCCCUGGAGUCAUGCCUGGAGAUCCUGGCCUACUGCAUUUCAGACACAGCUCUCCAAGAUGGGCUGGAGUGUGAGCUACAGAGAAAGCUAGCAGAGCUGCUGGUGUAUCAGAAGAUCCUAGGUUUGCAGGCUACCCCCAUGUGGUGUGACUGGCAGACCCUGAGGAACUGUUGUGUCGAGGACCCAUCAACUGUCAUGAAUGUGAUUCUAGAAGCCAAGGAGUAUGAGCUGUGUGAGGAGUGGGGCUGCCUAUACCCCAUUCCAAGAGAACAUUUAAUCAACCUACAUCAAAAGCAUCUUCUCCACCUUCUAGAAAGAGGAGAUCAUGAAAAGGCUCUGCAACUCCUGCGAAGAAUUCCUGACCUCACCAUGUGCCUUGAGGUCACAGAGCAGUCCCUCGACCAGCACUGUAGCUUGGCCACUUCUCACUUCUUGGCCAACUACCUCACCACCCACUUCUAUGGAGAACUGACCGCUGACCGACGCUGUGAAAUCCAGGCACUGUACAUGGGAUCCAAGGUCCUGCUAACCCUGCCCGAGCAGCACCGGGCCAGCUACUCCCACUUGUCCUCUAACCCCCUGCUCAUGCUGGAGCAGCUGCUCAUGAACAUGAAAGUGGAUUGGGCCACCAUGGCCGUGCAGACUCUGCACCAGCUGCUGGCCGGCCGGGAGAUUGGCUUCACCAUGGACGAGGUGGACUCGCUGCUUUCCAGAUACGCAGGAAAAGCCCUGGACUUUCUGUACCCUCUGCGGGAGAAACGCUCAGAUUCUGUGAUUCACCUCCAGGAAAUUGUCAGUCCGGCUUCAGACCUCGAGACCUUGUCUAGGUCACCAUCAGCGGAGUUCUCUUCUGUUGCUGCUCCUGGUGUCUCCAUUGUGCAUUCCCCCAGUCCGAGGGAGAAGAGCUUCCCACAGAGUCAGCCGCCACUGGAGUUUGUGCCCCCAGCAACGCCCCCUGCCAGGCACCAGUGGGUACCGGAUGAGAGUGAGAGCACCUGCAUGGUCUGCUGCAGGGAGCGCUUCACCAUGUUUAACAGGCGUCAUCACUGUCGCCGCUGUGGUCGGCUAGUGUGCAGUUCCUGCUCCACUAAGAAAACGGUGGUGGAAGGCUGCCGAGAGAACCCUACUCGCGUGUGUGACCAGUGCUAUAGUUACUUCAACAAAGAUGCGCCAGAGGAGAAUCCAGGACAACCAGGAGCACCAGACAGCCCCAAGAGCGAAAGCCCUCCAUACUCAGCUGUGGUGAGAGUCCCCAAAGCAGCUGAGGUGGAAUGGAUUUUGGAUCUGAAUGAGGAGGAAAAUGAGCUGGUGCGGAGUGAAUUUUACUAUGAGCAGGCCCCCAGCGCCUCCUUGUGUAUUGCCAUCCUGAAUCUGCACCAGGAUAGCGUUGCCUGCGGCCACCAGCUGAUUGAACACUGCUGCAGGCUGUCCCAGGGGCUCACCAACCCGGAGGUGGAUGCGGGGCUGCUCACAGACAUCAUGAAGCAGCUGCUGUUCAGCGCCAAGAUGAUGUUCGUCAAGGCGGGCCGGAGCCAGGACCUGGCUCUUUGUGACAGCUACAUCAGCAAGGUAGAUGUGCUGAAUAUUUUAGUUGCUGCUGCCUAUCGCCACGUGCCAUCUCUGGAUCAGAUCUUGCAACCAGCCGCAGUAACCAGGCUAAGGAACCAGCUUUUGGAAGCUGAGUACUACCAACUGGGCGUUGAGGUCUCCACAAAGACUGGCCUUGAUACCACCGGGGCAUGGCACGCUUGGGGCAUGGCCUGCCUCAAAGCUGGGAACCUCGCCGCCGCACGGGAGAAGUUUAGUCGCUGUCUGAAGCCCCCUCUCGACCUCAAUCAGCUGAGUCAUGGCUCAAGACUGGUACAGGAUGUGGUUGAGUACCUGGAGUCCACAGCGAGGCCACUUCUAUCCGUGCAAGAUGAUGAUUACUUGGCCACCUUGAAAGAGCUGGAAGCUACCCUUCGGACCCAGAGCCUCUCUCUGGAGGUGAUUCCUGAAGGGAAGAUCAUGAACAACACCUACUACCAAGAAUGCCUCUUCUACCUGCAUAACUACAGCACCAACCUGGCCAUCAUCAACUUCUACGUGAGGCACAGCUGCCUGCGGGAAGCCCUGCUGCACCUGCUCCACAAGGAGAGUCCCCCAGAAAUCUUCAUAGAAGGCAUUUUCCAGCCAAGCUAUAAAAGUGGGAAGCUACACGUUUUAGAAAACUUGCUAGAAUCCAUUGAUCCAACCUUGGAAAGCUGGGGAAAGUACUUGAUUGCCGCCUGCCAACAUUUACAGAAGAAGAACUACUACCACAUUCUGUAUGAGCUACAGCAGUUUAUGAAGGACCACAUCCGGGCCGCCAUGACCUGUAUUCGGUUCUUCAGUCACAAAGCAAAGACAUAUACGGAGCUGGGAGAGAAGCUCUCUUGGCUGCUUAAGGCCAAGGACCACCUGAAGAUCUACCUCCAAGAAACCUCCCGCCGUACUGGAAGGAAGAAAACCACCUUCUUCCGAAAGAAGAUGACGGCAGCUGAUGUGUCAAGGCACAUGAACACACUUCAGCUGCAGAUGGAAGUGACCAGGUUCUUACAUCGCUGCGAAAGUGCUGGGACCUCUCAGAUCACCCCCUUGCCUCUGCCAACCCUGUUUGGAAACAACCACAUGAAAAUGGAUGUUGCCUGCAAGGUCAUGCUAGGAGGGAAAAAUGUAGAAGAUGGUUUUGGAAUUGCAUUCCGUGUUCUGCAGGACUUCCAGCUGGACGCUGCCGCAACCUACUGCAAAGCCGCCCGGCAGUUGGUGGAGAGGGAGAAGUACAGUGAGAUCCGACAGCUGCUCAAAUGUGUCAGCGAGUCAGGCAUGGCGGCCAAAAGUGACGGGGACACCAUCCUCCUCAACUGCUUGGAAGCGUUCAAGAGAAUUCCACCCCAGGAGCUGGAGGGCCUGAUCCAGGCGAUAAACAGUGAUGACAACAAGGUUCAGGCCUACCUGACGUGUUGCAAGCUGCGUUCUGCCUACUUGAUCGCUGUGAAGCAAGAACACUCACGGGCCGCGGUCCUUGUCCAGCAGGUGCAACAGGCCGCCAAGAGCAGUGGGGACGCAGUAGUGCAAGACAUCUGCUCCCAGUGGCUUCUGACAAGCCACAGCCGGGGUGCCCACGGCUCGGGCUCCAGGAAGUGACCCUGGGCUGCGGGGCCUGACAACUGUGGGAGGGGAGUGAUGGGCAUGCUUCCAGCUCUUUCCUCCUGUGGGACGGGACUUCCCUGGCUCCACCCCAGGUGGGAAAGAGCUGGAAUUGGACCCGACUUGCCAUCCUGGGCAAAGACAGGACCUUUCACGCAAGUGCCAUGUUUGUGUAAAAUUGUGGAGUGUGUGUGUGUGUCUGGAGAUGGCCAGUUCUUUCUACCUCAGAGUGAGUGUGUGUGUGUGCACGCCCGUCGCGCUCAUGUUUACGCCCAGGCAUUUCUGAACAAAUGAAACUCUCCCCCCACUGCAAAGAGGCACUUUACUUUAGACUUCUGCCGGUCUGAAAACCUUCCCCGCGUUUUUGGUUCUUAACCCGGGUUCAUCCUGUUUGUACACAGUUCCCUCUGUGUGGAGACGUUCCAGUAGCUCCUCGUGACUAGAAGGGUUUUAACAGAGAAUUAUAGAGCAGCAUCAAAAGGAUUGCCUCUUUUUCCCUCCUUCCCUUCCCCAAACUCAGAGAUGGCUUUAGGGCAGGUGCUUCCUGUGGUAUAAAACCAUUCUGAGUGUCUCUUCUCUCACGAGCGCCAAGAGUUACCAUGAAUCUUUGGAAGGUGGUCUGAACAGAAAGGUCCUCAGGUGCUGGCAUCUGAAAGCUGUGGCUACCCGUACACGUGAUGGGGGCUGGAGCCCUACACAUGGGCAGGAGGGGUGCCAUCACGUUUAUCCACAGGGAGGGAAGAGGGAACCUCUCCAAACAGGAUUGCAGGAGAGUUGUUUACAAGCAAAGAACUGGCUUUUGUCAAUAUCCCUGCUGCAAAGUGAGAGAAAGUAGCUUCCUCUUUGAGAGUCUGGGGAGAGAAACAGUAGCCAAGACCCUGGGACUGAAUGGCUAGACUUUGCCUGUUUGAGUUACAGGCCUAUUUGUGCCCCUUAAAUUGGUUAGGAAAUCACUUCCUCUUCCCUCCUGCUUCUCUUCAGUCUCUUCGGAACAGAAGGAUGGACAUGCAGAGACCCAAGGUCAUUGAGAAGGCAGUGCACUUCUUUGUCUUAACAAAGGGAGUCACAGGUUCACUUUGAAGUUGGGCCAGCGGACAAGAAUUAAACAAGGGGGGCUUCCCUGGUGGUGCAGUGGUUAAGAAUCCUUGCCUGCCAAUGCAGGGGACACAGGUUCGAGCUCUGGUCCGGGAAGAUCCCACAUGCCACGGA